UGGUGCCUGUUUUAUACAUGAAGGAGGUUCUUCACAGUGAAAAUAAUGGGUGCUCAUUGAUGGGGGCUGGGGGAGAUAGUUAUAUUACUACCCUGUGAUUUACUGGUCUCCUCCUCCGCUCAUUUUUGUUAGCUGUGGCCUAACUGUUGGGUUAUCUUCCCGUCACCAGUGAUCAUUUAGUAUGUGGCUACGCUAUUCAGCUUUGUUUUUCAGUUAGCACCUAAUAAAUUACAUUUGACACUUGUCAACAUCUAAUUUUGAAAAAUACAGUUUAGAAAAUGGGAGUAAUGUGUUGUAUGUGAAAUUCAAGGUAACUAUGGAAAAUUGCAACAUUGUCCUAUUUGUUGCGGAAAUAGCAUAACCGAAUGUUAAAAGAAGUGGCGCACACAGUUCACGGUAAGGUGCAAAACUUUUUUUGCUUGUUUACUGAACCUGUUUUCAGAGGAUACAGCAAAUAUGGUGUUUUCCUUGCACAAUAAUCUUAUUGUUGUUGAUAUAUAACGAUUAUUUUUGUUUCAAUCUACUGAAAAUAUUUGCUGACAACUGGUUAUAAUCUGUUCCUCUCCAUUCCCUGCUAUGUUGCUAGCUGUUCUUUAUUUGUAAAGGGACUGCUUUUCAUGUUAAAGAUGUGGGUAGUCAGAAAACUUCUGAGAAAAGAAAAUAACUGUGUUUGACCACAGUUAAAUGUUGAUCACAUUUUCAUUCUCCAGGAAAAUUUUUACAGAAGGAAGUCCUUGGUUAGAGUCUCAAAUGCUGUUUACAUCAUGAUUUCUGAAACUCUUGAUGAGAGCUGUUUAGCAAGGCAAUAUUGUUUCAGUUGAGGUUUAUGCUAUAAUUUUACACUCAAUGUAAAUAAGUUAAAUUUAAGUUUCAUCUGCCAAAAAAUGUAAGGUAGUAGUUUAAUAUGAAUGUUCCUCUACCUUAAACAAUUAAAGCCAUCUUACUGCUCUUUUUUGUCCGAGCAGGCUUUUCUGCAUCUCUUAUACUUGUUUGGUAAGAUAUUGAAAUUGAGUGAAAUUCAGCCUGUCUGUUAACCAUAUUUUUAUUAUGAACACUUGUUUUAAAUGAGAGCUUCCUAAACUGAGGGCUGGUGGUCCAUGGAAAGCUAGCUGGUCAUGUGAUUUUUUUUUUUUUUUGGUUUCUCUUGCCUGCUUCCAGCUGCUGCAUUGUAUUAACCACAGCUAAAAAUGUAUCCUUUCGCUACAAUAAUUUUCCAAAUUUAAUAAUUGCUGUAGUUGCAGUCUGAAUGUUUAUAGGCAUCUGACUCAAGGGUUGAAGUUUUCAUUAAGCAGCUUUUAUUAAAAUAGGGCAUAAUAUAAAUCUGUUUCAACCAUGACAUGCAGUCUUUUACAUAAGGGCAUGAUGUUCAAUUGUUCUUGGAACUGUUUCUUAACUAUUAUUUUAACAGCAGGAUUGAUUUAGGCUUACUUGGAAUGGGAAUGUUCCCUGCUUUAGACAAGAAAUGGGAAUUUGGUGCCUAACUCUUUAAGUCCUAAAUAUCCUUCAAUUUAGGCCUACAUGCAUAUGUUCUCCCUUUCUACUGAGAUGGGAACAUAGGUGAAUUGAUUACUUUAACUGGUGGGAUUAGUUACCUCAUUUGCCUGCUUGUGUACCAUGUAUCUGCUUCAUAGGAUACAAAUUUAAAUGCCAGCUAUUUUGGGGCUAACUCUUCAUAACGCAUUCAAAUUCUGGUUCCCCAGUACACUGCAUAUGGGAAAGAUCCAUUGGUUAUAUAUUCUUCAACAAACUACUUAUUAAAAUGUGUGUAAUCUAAUUGAGUUAGUUUUCAAGUAUCAACUGGCAAGUCAACAGUCUGUGAUAGUAGGUAGGUAGGGUGCAGGAGCAGAAACUAAUGUGGACACUUUGAUUAGUGUAGCGUUUAAAGAACCAUGCCAAAACUAGAAGCCAGAGGGCAAAGUAGUAAGCAGACAGAUAUAAAAGGGAUGAGUAGAAUUCAUAGACUGAUAGAUUGUAGGGUCGGAAGGGACCACAAUGGAUCAUCGUGUCCGACCCCCUGCCCCUGGCAGGAAAGAGGACCGAGGUCAGAUGACCCCAGCCAGGUGACUAGCCUCCUCUUGAAGACCUCCAAGCUAGGUGAUAGCACCACCUCUCUUGGAAGCCCAUUCCAGGUCCUGGUCACCCUUACUGUGAAAAAUUUCUUGCUAAUUUCUAAUCUAAAUCCACUCUCAACUAGUUUACACCCAUUAUUCCUAGUCACUCUCUGGGGUGCCUUAGUAAACAGCGCUUCCCCUAUUCCCCGUUGACCUCCCCUAAUAAAUUUAUAGGCAGCCACAAGAUCUCCCCUCAGCCGUCUCUUGUGAAGGCUGAAGAGAUUCAGCUCUCUCAACCUCCCCCCAUAGGGUCUGUCACGAAGGCCAUUAAUCAUGCAAGUGGCCUUCCUCUGGACCCUCUCGAGAUUCCCCACAGCCCUCUUGAAGUGCGGCGCCCAAAACUGGACGCAGUACUCCAACUGCGGCCUGACCAGUGCCGCAUAGAGGGGGAGCAUCACCUCCUUUGUUCUGUUAGUCAUGCACCUGCUAAUACAUGACAAGGUGCGAUUGGCCUUGUUGAUGGCCUCGUUACACUGCUGGCUCAUGUUCAUCUUGGAGUCAAUUAUGACUCCAAGAUCCCUCUCUGCCUCUGAGCUGCUGAGAAGGACACUCCCCAACCUGUAGGUGUGCUGGGGGUUCCUCCUUCCCAGGCGGAGUACCUUACAUUUAUCUUUAUUAAAUUGCAUCCUAUUUCUCUCUGCCCAUUGAUCCAACCUGCCCAGGUUAGCCUGAAUCUGCUCCCUGCCCUCUGGUGUACUAACUUUGCCCCAUAACUUGGUAUCAUCAGCGAACUUGGAGAGGGUGCUCUCCACGCCCUUGUCCAAAUCACCGAUGAAGAUAUUGAAUAAUAUCGGUUCGAGGACUGAACCCUGCGGGACCCCACUUCCCACCUCCCUCCAGGCCAAGAAGAAGCCAUCCACCACCACUCUCUGGGUGCAGUCCCUAGGCCAGUUGGCCACCCACCUGACCGUGUAGGCGUCCACUCCGCAGUCUGCUAGCUUCCCAAUGAGGAUAGGGUGUGAAACUGUGUCAAAGGCCUUCCUAAAGUCCAGGAAGAUGACAUCAGCCUCGGCUCCCGCAUCCAGGCAAUGUGUAACCUGGUCAUGGAAGGCUACAAGGUUUGUCCGGCAGGAUCUACCUGUGACAAACCUGUGCUGGGUUCCCCUCAGCAUCGUUUCCCCCGCUGAGCCUGCACAAGUGUAUUCUUUGAUUAUUUUCUCUAGCAUUUUCCCAAGAAUAGAGGUAAGACUGACUGGUCUAAAGUUACCCGGCUCAUCCCUUCUCCCUUUCUUGAAAAUGGGCACCACAUUGACCCUUCUCCAGUCCUCGGGGACCUGGCCGGAGCAUCACGAGUGCUCGAAUAGCUGUGCCAGCGGCUCAGCUAUGACACUGGCCAAUUCUUUCAGCAGUUGUGGAUGGAGGUCAUUUGGGCCUGCUGACUUGUACCCAUCCAGCUCCUCCAGGAGCUCCUUAACUAUUUCAGAACUAACUGUAGGCGGACUGGUGCCAUGUGGACAUCUGUCAAUGAUCGAGUUGGGGAAUUGGCUUGGUCGGUACACAGAAAUACUGAAGCGAAGAACUCAUUGAAGAGCUUUGUUUUUUUUCACUGCGUCAGCCACCAACUGUCCUGAUUUGUUCUGCAAGGGCCCCCCUCUUCCACUUUUGACUGCUGUUCUGGGGUUUGUACCAAGUUGCAGAGAAGGUGCAAAACAGCAGUUCAGCUCUUGCUGUUUCCCAGCUAGUUAGAUGUUAAGCUCUGCCUAGUCUUGCUAUAGCUUUCCACUGCAGCAAAGACAAAAUUGAUUGGAUUUUUUUGAUUAUGUGACCAGAAGGGAGCAUUGUGAUUGCAUAUUUACUUGAAUAUAAGAUGAGCUUUUCUUCCUCCAUUAGCAUGGAAGAGAAAAAGCCCCUUUGUUUUAUUCGCAUAUGAAGUACAAGGUGGGGGAGCAGGUGGAUACCAUGGCUCUGACUCUGGCCCAGACUGGGGCUGAGGGCCAGAGUCAGACUCGCAACAGAUGCCUGCUGCACCCACCUCCCUCCACUUCCCCUCUGUAGCUUUUGCUCCCUCCCUCUAUUCCCCUAAAAAUCCCAUUUUGUGCUGUUUCCUAUUUAUUUUCUUAAGAUAGCAACUUAAGAGCCUGGAAUAUGUAUCUCAUUAGUUUUGAAGAAGUCAGUUUUAACACAUACAUUUUGUAGCAGAACAAAUACUUAAUUCUGUCUCAUGUUUGUACUUUAGGCUUCUAUCUGCUAUGUAUUAUUUGUAAUUAAAUGAAAAUGGCCACAUAUAUCUACUUUUUCUUCAGUUUCAAUUCAAAACUUCCAGAAAAUAAACUGAACUUCAAUAGAAAACUUGUUUUGUUCAAACAUCAGUUUUAAAUGUGUUGGUUUAGCCUUCAUUAGUUUACCACAACCUACAUAUCCAAAAAAACAGAAAGCACAUGCUCAGAGCUGACAUCUGUGUGUCCAUCCUUACUUCAGUAUAGAAGGACACCUUGAGAUUUCAGUGAUUUCAGUUGGAACCUACUGUUGGGAAUACAACUUUAAUCAAAGUGAAGAAUUCACCAAGGGAAGCUAGGAAGACCACGCUGAGAAUCUUUUGCUGUGAACAAGGAACAUACUUGCUUGGAAGGAUUUAAAAAAAGAACAAAAAAUGUUCCCUUUGAAGGAUGCUGAGAUGGGUGCUUCCACCUUCUUUGCCUCAGCUCUCCCACAUGAUGUUUGUGGAAGCAAUGGUCUUCCUUUGACACCCAACUCCAUCAAAAUUUUGGGGCGCUUCCAAAUUCUUAAGACAAUCAUUCAUCCCAGACUUUGUCAGUAUGUGGACAUUACUAGAGGAAAACAUGAGAGGCUGGUGGUGGCAGCUGAACACUGUGAAAAGAGUUUGGAAGAUUUGCUACGGGAUGGGAAACCUGUGAGCUGUUCAAGGAUCUUGUGCAUAGCAUUUGAGGUAUUGCAAGGCUUGCAAUAUAUGAACAAAUAUGGAAUGGUUCACCGAGCACUCUCCCCUCGCAAUAUCCUCUUAGAUCGAAAGGGACAUGUUAAAUUGGCUAAAUUUGGUCUGUAUCAUAUGACAGCUCAUGGUGUGGAUGUCGAUUUCCCUAUAGGGUACCCAUCAUACUUGGCACCUGAAGUUAUUGCUCAGGGGAUAGUCAAACCUAGUGAUCAUACUCAGUGUGAGAAGCCUCUACCCUCUGGCCCUAAAUCAGAUGUGUGGUCCAUUGGUAUUAUAUUAUUUGAGCUUUGUGUGGGGAGAAAACUGUUCCAGACCUUGGAAAUAGAUCAAAGACUAAAACUAAUACUUACUUUAGGCUGUGUGGAUGACAUUGUAACCGUAUUAGCUGAAGAACAUGGCUGCCUGGAUGUUAUUAAGGCCCUCCCUGAAAAUGUCAUGUCUUUAUUGAAGAAAUGCCUUACGUUCCAACCUUCGAAGAGACCUACUCCUGAUGAGUUGCUGUGUGACAGUAUAUUCAGUGAAGUGUCCUCUUUUUAUGAACCUUUCCAUAAAACUGCCAGUCUGUUUUCAUCCUCUUCGAGAUGUGCUAAUCUAACACUUCCUGAGGACAUCAGUCAGCUGUGUAAAGAUGAAGACUGUGAUUACCUAGCAGAAAGAUCAAUUGAAGAGGUUUAUCAUCUCUGGUGCUUGGCUGGAGGAGACUUGGAGAAAGAACUUGUCAACAAGGAAAUCAUCAGAUCAAAGCCACCCAUCUGUACACUCCCCAACUUUUUGUUGGAGGAUGGUGAGAGUUUUGGACAAGGACGAGAUAGAAGUUCCCUUCUUGAUGACACAACUGUGACACUGUCACUGUACCAACUGAGAAAUAGGCUAAAAGAUGUGGGUGGGGAAGCAUUUUAUCCACUGCUUGAAGAUGACCAGUCAAAUUUACCUCAUUCAAAUAGUAAUAAUGAGCUGUCUGCAGCUGCCAAUCUUCCUCUGAUCAUUCGAGAGAGGGACACGGAGUACCAGCUAAACAGAAUCAUCCUUUUUGACAGGUUACUGAAGGCCUAUCCAUACAAAAAAAAUCAAAUCUGGAAAGAAGCCAGGGUUGACAUUCCUCCACUUCUGAGAGGUUUAACGUGGGCUGCCCUCCUGGGGGUUGAGGGUGCUAUUCAAGCAAGGUAUGAUGCUAUUGAUAAGGACACUCCAAUUCCUACAGAUCGACAAAUUGAAGUUGAUAUUCCUCGAUGUCAUCAGUAUGAUGAGUUGCUGUCAUCACCAGAGGGCCAUGCAAAAUUUAGACGUGUAUUGAAGGCAUGGGUUGUAUCCCAUCCUGAUCUUGUGUACUGGCAAGGUCUAGAUUCUCUUUGUGCACCAUUCCUGUACUUGAAUUUUAACAAUGAAGCUCUGGCCUAUGCCUGCAUGUCAGCUUUUAUUCCCAAGUACCUAUAUAACUUCUUUUUGAAGGAUAACUCUCAUGUUAUUCAAGAGUACCUGACAGUGUUUUCCCAGAUGAUUGCGUUCCAUGACCCAGAGCUGAGUAACCAUCUCAAUGAAAUUGGCUUCAUUCCAGAUCUCUAUGCUAUUCCUUGGUUUCUCACAAUGUUUACACAUGUCUUUCCUUUGCACAAAAUUUUUCACCUUUGGGAUACCUUACUUCUUGGGAAUUCUUCCUUUCCAUUCUGCAUUGGAGUGGCUAUCCUGCAGCAGCUGAGGGACCGGCUUCUGGCUAAUGGUUUCAAUGAAUGCAUUCUACUCUUUUCAGACUUGCCAGAAAUUGACAUUGAACGUUGUGUCCGUGAGUCAAUCAAUCUCUUCUGCUGGACUCCUAAGAGUGCUACAUAUAGGCAAUAUGCACAGCCUCCAAAGCAAGCCAAUGAGAGCAAUGGCACAAGAGGUUCUAUGUCUUGCUUCUCAGCAGAGUAUCAGGAUACACCUAAAAGUGAUCUGUCUAGGGACCCUAUCAAGUUGGAUGAUCUGAAGGCAGAGGUAUCACCACGGAUAUCAGCAGAAGAUCUGAUUGAUUUAUGUGAACUGACUGGACCCAGCCAUUUCAAAACACCUACCAAAAAAGCCAAAUCUAGCAAGCCAAAACUGCUGGUGGUUGAUAUCCGUAACAGCGAAGACUUUAACCGUGGCCACAUUUCAGGCAGUAUCAACAUUUCAUUUGGUUUGGCUUUCACAACAGAAAGAGAGCUCGUCCAGUGCCCCGCUACUGCUACGCUCCAGAGCUUUAAAGGAAGAGUUGUUGUGGUUGUAGGACAUGUGGUGAAGAACACAGCUGCUUUUGCAGCUCAUCUAGUGAAAAACAAGUAUCCACGGGUCUGCAUUCUGGAUGGAGGCAUAAACAAGAUAAAGCCCACUGGUUUACUGACAGUUCCUUCCCCACAAAUAUGAGCAACUACAGAUGUUGUGAAAAUCAAUUUAAAGAUUGCUGUUUCUAUCCACAGCAUAUGAACAUUGUCAACCAUAAGGGCAUUAUGACACAUCCAGAAGACAUGCAAUCUAGAUGAUCAGUGUCUUUCAGUAUGGAUCUGGUUUAAAGGAACUUUCUUUUUGUCAUUUGACAUUGAUCUUCAGUUUGAUUGGAUGAAAAAUGUGAAGCUUUAAAUCUUGGAAGGCAUUUGAACUAUCGGCAGCAAUGAAGUCUGUGUCUAGUCAAGCGCUGUCAAGUUGCAACACAAAGGUUGAAUUGGCUCAUUUGAUAUUUAAUGUCUAUAAAUAUUUCAGCAAAGCAGGAGAAAACAAUGCUUGACAAGUCUGAGUUGCACUAAAUGGAUUCUUUUUCAGCAAUAUUUUACAGUAAAAAUUGAAACCAGCAGGUUGAAAUUAUAUCACAUGUAUGUUAUUCAGGAAAAUUGCAUUUUUCUGAUUUAACCUUUUAAAGAUUAUUGUAUUCAGUGUUCCACUUUUCCAAAAAAAAAUGUUUUCUGAUAUGAAUGGGAAAUAAAAAUAAAUUCCAAAUUGGAAAAUA